UAAUGCAUUAGAAGUGGAUCCAGGACGUGGGAAUGGAGAGACCUUUCCGCCUUUCAAGAUGUUAAUAUAUUAGCAAAUGAAGAAGUCAACGUGCGUCAAGUCAAAGUUUGCAAGGACUACCCACCAGAACCAUGGCCACAGCAGCUGAUGGCUUGGGAAACAUAGCUAUAGAUACAACGCAAUUUAACAUGUCAGUCACUGAUCCAGCAGCCUGGGCAACUGCUAUGAAUAACCUAGGAAUGGUACCGGUGGGAUUAACUGGACAACAGCUUGUGACAGAUUCAAUUUGCGUACGGGGCUUUGAUCCAAAUCUCAGCAUGAUGACAGGAAUAACUCCAAUUAACCCUAUGUUGUCAGGCAUGGGCCUAGUACCUCAGCCUCCCCCAACAGAUGUCCCUAUCAUCAAAGAAAUUAUUCACUGUAAAAGCUGCACUCUCUUCCCUCCAAACCCAAAUCUUCCACCACCUUCAACAAGAGAGAGACCACCGGGAUGCAAAACUGUGUUUGUUGGAGGAUUACCAGAAAAUGCCACAGAGGAAAUUAUUCAGGAAGUCUUUGAGCAGUGUGGUGACAUCACAGCAAUUCGAAAAAGCAAGAAGAAUUUUUGUCACAUUCGUUUUUCAGAAGAGUUCAUGGUUGAUAAAGCCAUUUACCUUUCUGGUUAUCGCAUGCGAUUAGGAUCUAGCACAGAUAAGAAGGAUUCUGGUCGCCUUCAUGUUGACUUUGCGCAGGCGAGAGACGACUUUUAUGAAUGGGAGUGUAAGCAAAGGAUGUUGGCUAGAGAGGAACGUCACAGGCGCAAAAUGGAAGAAGACCGAAUCCGUCCUCCUUCUCCACCAGUGAUCAUGCAUUACUCGGACCACGAGGCAUCUUUGCUGGCUGAAAAACUGAAAGAUGACAGCAAAUUUUCAGAGGCCAUAGUAGUGUUACUUACCUGGAUAGAACGAGGUGAGGUGAACCGUCGCACAUCCAACCAAUUCUAUUCCAUGGUGCAAUCAGCCAACAGCCACGUCCGCCGACUGAUGAAUGAAAAAGCAACUCAUGAACAAGAGAUGGAGCAAGCCAAGGAAAAUUUUAAGCAUGCCUUAACAGGGAUACUCACUCAAUUUGAGCAGAUUGUGGCCGUUUUCAACGCCUCCACCAGACAAAAAGCUUGGGACCAUUUCUCGAAAGCUCAGCGGAAGAACAUAGACAUUUGGCGCAAACACUCCGAGGAACUCAGGAACGCUCACAGCGAACAGCUCAUGGGGAUCAGGAGGGAGGAAGAAAUGGAAAUGUCUGAUGAUGACAGCAGUGAAAAUCCCAGUAAUAAAAAGCUGAGAUUGGACGAUUCAGCCUUAGCUGCUCAAGCUUACGCCCUGAAGGAAGAGAACGACAGUCUCCGAUGGCAGCUCGACGCAUACCGAAAUGAGGUGGAGCUUCUCAAACAAGAGAAAGGGCAGCUUUUUCGCACAGAGGAAAGCUUGACAAAAGACCAGCAGCUACAGUUUCUGCAGCAGACUGUACAAGGCAUGCAGCAGCAACUGUUAAAAAUCCAAGAAGAAUUAAAUAACAAGAAGUUGGAACUUGAGCAAGCAAAAGAGGAACAUUCCCAUACGCAGGCCAUGCUGAAAAUCCUGCAGGAACAGUUAAAAAAAAAUGUCAAGGACUUAGAGACUAAUGGCCAUGAUGAAUCUCAGGCAAAAGAAAUCAAUGGGUUGACAGUGCCAUUGGUCAACCAAGACAGAGAAAAAAAUGCAGAGAAGCGAAAUCAACCACUAAAAUCCGAGAAAGAGGCUCUGUUGAUAGGUAUCAUAUCAACUUUCCUUCACGUUCAUCCUUUUGGAGCUAAUAUUGAAUAUCUUUGGUCAUAUAUGCAGCAGCUGGACUCUAGGAUCUCAGCGAAUGAAAUAGAAAUGCUUUUGAUGAGGCUUCCACGCAUGUUUAAGCAAGAGUUUUCCGGUGUUGGAGCAACGCUGGAGAAAAGGUGGAAGUUCUGUGCCUUCGAAGGAAUUAAAACAACUUGACUGAGGUUGGAUCAGAGCUACAUGGGGAGAAAAGGUGAUGGACCACGAUGGCAGAGGAGAGUUGAAGUAUCAAAGGAGGAGAAUUGGGUUUGGCUUAUACAUUUCCAAAGUGCUCCAAACCUGGUUUUAGUUGCAUUUGUGAUGUCCUCUUGUGAAAAUGUAGUUGUGUGCCAGUUCCAGAACAAAAAGGGGAAAAAAAAAAACCUCCUGAAAUGUUUCCUAUGAAAACUCAAAAAAGACUCUACAAUCAUAAUGAUAUCAUUAUUUAAAAUACGCUCCUUCUAAUAUUAGCUCACUUGAGCCAACUGGAAGAAGAAUUCUUGGUUCUUCAGCUCCAGCAAUGUCUGUGUACGAUGUGGUAGAUCUUCCUCCCGUUCCAUGCCUACGAGCCUUUCCGUUUCGUGAGAAGACAACAAUGGUUUCAUAGUGAGAGCAAGUAUACCAAAAGCAAACUUGAAAAUGUGUUUGAACAGUUAUUGUAUUUUGUAAAUUAAGUUAUCUGCUAUACCAGGGACUUUUGCCUUAUUGCUAGAGGCCUGAAAAAAAAUGUGAUUGGAUUCUUUGAGAAUGCUUUAUGCAGAAUAUUAUUUUUCUAAUGUAACUAUUCUCCAUUCUUAGUUCCUUUAACAUGGGUUGCAUAUCAAUUUUCAUAAAUGUGUAAAUAAAGAGGAAGGCAGUGUUACUGUAUUGUAUUUGGUAUGUAACAUUCAGGGUUAUGUAUCUGAAAAUAAGUAUCCAGUUGCAUUACUGUUACAGAUUUUAUAGCAAAUAUAUUAAUUUUUUUUCAAUAAAUAGGACU